AUGCCGGCCCGAAACAUGUUGGUGUUCAACGCUGGGGAUGACGGGAUGCAGAGUGAUGUGUGGAACGCAACAAAGACCGUUUUGGCUCGUCAACGAAGGGAGAAUCAGCAAUUGGAAUAUCCGGAAUACGAAGAGGAGUCGAUUUUUGGAGACAUUGCCGAUGAAUCUGAUGGUGAAGAGAAGAAGGAAAAUGAACUCCCCGCGGUUAAUGUGCGGACGUUGGAUUCGUAUUUUAAAGGACUAAAAUCAUCGGCCCCGACUACUAAAAAAGCACCAGUACGAAAGGCGCGAGCAACAGUCCCUAUGGAAUCGAGGAUAAGCUGGACCAAAGCGGUAGCUGCGCGUAAUGCACGACCGAGCAGAAAACAAGAGAUUUAUGAUGAUGAUGAUGAUGAAGGCUGGGAAUUGGAUGAAUCAGAAGAACAGGGAGAAUCAAAUGGUGUUGAAUAUGUUGAUUACGAUGCCGUGGAAGAAGAUAAUGAUAUCGAAGAAGAGGAAGAAGUCUAUGUAAUGCCAGCGAAAACUCGGAACCUUGGAUACGGUCGACGCCCCCAAAAGUCGAUAGCGAGAAUUGGAAAUCGUGGGAGGGUUUCCCGUCCAGUCCGCACAACCGCAUCGCUUCUUCGUCAGGGUCGCAAGCAACAACGCGUCUCAAUUAUCGAUCGAAUCAGCUUUGCGGCUGGGCAGCAUCAACGCCAAUUCCAACCUCCUCGUGAGCGGACAAUUGGAGGGCGCAUUAGUAAACCGGCACGUCGUGGGGCUUGCCCUUGGAACUUGCCAGAAAGACCGGCGGCCAGGGAUUGGACAAGCGUUGAUGAUCGCGAAGAGCGAUUCGAGCCCUGGCUAAAAUGCUGCGCCACCGACAACACUCAUAUACAUAAAGGACGCGGAUUCACAACGGGUCGCCUUCGAGCCUGGGAA